AUGAGUCUUGCUCUUCAUAACGCGGAGUGUCUGACUGCUCCUUCUCCAACUACUCCAAUGACUCCUACAACUCCCACAACUCCCACAACUCCUACCGAUGGUAUGCACAAUAUGGCCGACUCCAAGGCCAGAGCCAAAAAGUCUCGCUCGCGAGCAUCAUCUACUUCCCAGCGAGCAAACCGGUCUGCCUCCUCGAGCACAGCAGGGAAUUCGAAACGGCCCAGCACUGGUGGAAAUGGAAAUGGACAUGGACAUGGCACCACCCACCGCAGAACAACAUCUUUCCAGACACUGCAGUCGUCGCAGCACAUGUCUCCGCAACGACGAGACCAACUCCUAGCCCUGCACCGAGAUAGCUGUCGCCUCUUCCAGCCUGCGGCCAUCGACACCCUCGCGCUCGCCCACGCAGACACGCGCUCAUCACUGUCCCCAACGGCGUCGCCCAUGCUCCAGUCCCAGCGCUCACAGUCCUUCCCACUCAGUUUUUCGGCUGACAGCGACAUUUCCGACGAGGAUUUGCUGCCUUCGUCACCGUCGUCACCAUCAUCACCAUCAUCGUGCAAUCGUCAAUACUACCGACGAACCAGCCAUGCACUCCGACAACAAGAUCUCAGUAUCAACACCGCCCCCGAGAAACCCGAACGAGACACUCAACAACAACAGCAACAGCAACAGCACAUCUCCGCAACAGUCACCGAAUGGACAUCCCCCAGCACCCGCCGCCGCGAAUACGAGAAAAUCGACCGCUCCAACAGGGGCAUUCGUCGGAUCUGGCGACGUCUGACGCCGAGCUGUUUCCAGUCUGGGGAUAGUGUGCGCACGCCGUUUUGGGAGGAGGGGUGUAGUAGUAGUAAUAACAAAAAGCAAUAUGAGGGGAGUGUGAGGCGGUUUCGGAUGGAUAUUCCUGAUGAUGAUGACGAUGAUGAGGAUGAGACACAGAAUAGGAAUGAAGAUCCGGAGAAGAAUGCUACUGCGACUGCUGCGAGGAGGGUGGAGGAUGGUCCUGAGCUCAGGACGUUGGUGUCUGGCUCGGGGUUGAAGGGGAAGUGGUCUUGUUUUUGA